CAACAUUGGUAUCAAAACCAAAACAAGAUAACCUAUUUCCUUUUAUUACUUGUCAAAAAAAAAUAAAAAAUACGUAUUCAAAAUUUUGUGAAGUUUAAUAAUUAACAAAAAUAGAAUUAAAACCUAAAUCCACAAUGUAACCUUACAUCAGAUCGUCAUCUUAAUAGUGCCAAGCUGUUACUGUUAUGAUACACCCAGCUCUUGUAAUUCUUCAUAGGUAAUUUGUACUAAAUAAGGUAUAUGAAUGGACCGUUUGGCUCAAGACUUAUCGGUGGCUCUUGAAGAGUCGGAAUCUUGUGGCCCAGUCAGUUUUGAGGUAGGAAGGAAAUGGGGAAUGCGACGUCGUACGCGCUCAGCUGGCAAUUUAAAUAUAAGCUUUAAUAAAUCUGCCGAUAAUCAAUCUGAUGACAGCUCCGAUUCAGAUGACAUAUCUUCGCAUUUGUCUUUUUCGCGAAUUAUUAAUAACCAUUCCCAAUCGUUAAGAAUGAAACAUCAAAUUCAACAUUUUUUACGUGAUAGAUACAAUAGACUAGGUUUACCUAUGAGCCACAGUUUGGAAAGUGAUUCGUUCAAUGAGAACUCUCCUGCGAGGCCCAUGAGAAGGAAGCGUAAGUUGAAACGAAUGUGUGUCGAUGAAACUCCUGUUCCUCCGUGCGGAAAACGUAAGAGGCCGCAAAGAUUGGAUAUGGUUGAAAGUUGUCGAUCGUUAAAGCAUGCUCCCAAAAUUAAACCUUUGAAUCAGGCAAUCGUGAGCAAAAUUGAGAAGUUUUGUCAGCAUUCUAUGGAGAAUAGUGACUACCACAUGGAAACUCAAUGUGUAAAUGAAAAUUGUGAUGUGGCAAGCGAAAGCAGUUUAAGCUGGAGCGGAGACGAAGGUCAUGAAGGUGAUGACGAAUUGACCGAUUGGGCCCCAUCCGUCGAAAGUUCCAUCGAUCAGACGCCAUGGAUUGACGCUGAUCCGCGUGAGAUUCGUGCCGGUUGCAGACGAUUGGGCGACGAACGGCCCGGAUUUAGUAUUAAUACCGGCGCCAAUGAGAGAGUGGCGCGCUUUUUGCAGGACUCGUCCAAGUCCGAACUGCGUUUGUACGGCGCCGAAAGGGAAAAAUUGGGUCAGCUUGCAUCGUUGUAUUCGCUAGACUUGUGGUUCGAAGGGCCGAGCUCGUUAUUGAGAAAGACUGGACGCACUCCUUGUAUGCAACCUACGCAAAGGCAUCAUAAUGGUUUAAUGGCAGCUCAUAAACGUAUUCGAACACAAGAUCGAAUCAUAUCAUAGAAAAGUGUACAAAUUCAUUUAUGUGGGUAGUUUAAAAAUGUGAGGGUAUUUAUCGAAUAUCUUGUAAGUUUGAAUUUAUUUUCACAAUUUAGUGCUGACGGGAUAACAAAUUUCCUAUUUAUGAGUUCAACUGUUGCGUUUUUGAACAGUGUUUCAAGUCACGCUCUAGCAACUGUUUACAGUAAUGAAAAUCCUCUCUUAUUCCAAAAUUAAUUUCUUAGGGUGGUUUAUGAAAACACACAAAGUGUAAUAAUACUGAUGCGGUUUAAUUAUACAAAGGCGCAGGCGUGGUUGUCAGUAUUUAUUAGACAUACUAAAUACCAUCAGGUAGGUACUACAUUAAGUUUCCGAAUCUAACUGCAAAAAUUCAUAGAUUUCAAUGUGUUGCAAAGUCCUGGUGUAGGUAGAUAUCAUUAAUGGAUUAAUGCUAUUAAGACCUUUCUCUAUGAUAAGUUAAAGCCGAGCUGACUUUCUUAAUUUAAUUCAGUUGUGUCAAUAUAUACCUUAUCCCGCAAAAAUCUGGCAUGGUGCUCAAAAUUAAACAUAUUAUAUUAAAUAUUUUAUUAGUGUCAUCUGGUAGAUCCCUUGCUCAACAAAAUUUGAGCGUGUAAAGUUUAAGAAACUGUGCGUAACAAGAUAUACACCGUUGCUCAAGAAAAGCAAUCUUUAGUGUUGAAUAUCAGUGUUAGCCAUAAUCUACUAUGCAUGUUUCUUUAUUACCAACUUUUGUAAUAUAUCAAAUAUCUAACUGUAUAUAUAUUUUUAAUUAAAUGUUAUUUAUCUAUUAA